AUGUCGUUCCUGUUUGGCAAGAAGAACAAGCAGCAGAGCAACGCGCUCCCCUCGGCCACGCGAGACGUCACCUCGUCCCACGGCCCAGGUCCCCAGCCUGCGCCGCCAAACGGUCCUGCCGUCCGCGACAAGGACCCCGGCCGCCCACCGCCCCAGCCCCAGCCCCAGCCCCAGACGAAUACCUCGACCCCGAGCGGCAGCGUGAACAACUCGUUGAGCUCGCUGCAGGGCCAGGGCGGGGCCAUCGUCCCUGAGCCAAAGGCAUUGCGCGAAAGAGCUGGAUCCAAUGAACAGGGUGCACUGCAGUAUGUUAGGCCCGCCGGCCCUCCCCAAGAAUCUCCCUACCCAUGGUCCUCUCGCCGCUUGAACUUCACCACCGGCAACCCUUUCCCGCGCUACGGCGCCGCAAUCAACUCGGUCGCUUCCAAGGAUGGCACAAUCUAUCUCAUGGGAGGCCUGGUUGGCGGCGCCACAGUCAAGGGCGACCUCUGGCUGACCGAGAUGGGCAACGGAUCCAUGGCAUGCUAUCCCAUCUCAACCACCGGAGACGGUCCUGGCCCCCGUGUAGGACAUGCUAGUCUGUUGGUCGGCAAUGCCUUCAUCGUCUUUGGUGGAGAUACCAAGCUGGCCGACAACGAUGACCUGGACGAUACCCUCUACCUUUUGAACACUUCAACAAAGCACUGGUCCCGGGCAUUACCCCAGGGUCCGCGUCCCACAGGACGUUAUGGACACACCUUGAACAUCUUGGGCUCGAAGAUCUACAUCUUUGGUGGCCAAGUGGAGGGCUUCUUCUUCAACGACCUUGUAGCUUUCGAUCUGAAUUCCCUCCAAUCCUCAGCCAGCCGCUGGGAGGUUCUCCUCCCCAACACCAAAGAUCAGUCUUCUCCCAAGGGACGCUCGCCUCCAGCUCGCACAAAUCAUUCGGUCGUGACGUGGACAGACAGACUCUACUUGUUCGGUGGCACAGACGGUGUCACCUGGUUCAACGAUGUUUGGACAUACGACCCACGUUCCAACAGCUGGACUGAGCUGGACUGCAUUGGCUACAUCCCUGUAGCGCGCGAGGGCCACUCUGCCGCCCUCGUCAAUGAUACCAUGUACAUUUUUGGUGGUCGCACACAGGAGGGCGUGGACCUGGGAGAUCUGGCAGCCUUCCGCAUAUCGUCUCGCCGUUGGUACAUGUUCCAAAACAUGGGCCACUCGCCUUCUGCUCGAUCCGGUCAUAGCAUGACCGCAUUGGGAAAACACAUUGUAACACUUGCAGGCGAGCCGAGCUCUUCCCUGAGCGACCGAAACGAACUGAGCAUGGCUUACAUCUUGGACACAUCGAAGAUCAGGUAUCCACCCAACGAGAGCGCGGCUCCUCAGACAGCGAUCAACACGCCCCGAAAGCUGAGCGGAGGUGACCGCAGUAACAUCCCUCAAAGCAGGACUGGGCCCUUGCCGAAUCGUGAAAGCAUGUUGCCAGGCCCACAACAACAACAACAACAACAACAACAGCAGCAGCAGCGAGCUCCAGACAUGGCCAAUGGAAACGCAACGGGCCCAGGCGGGUCGCGACUGCCUCGUGCAGCUGGGCCAGCGCCUUCUGGACCUCCACCCCUCCAGCAACCACCUCAACCAAGGACGAACGGCGCCAAUCCUCAAGUGAUCCCAGCUGCCAGAACGAAAACACCGACAAAACCGGAGCGGUCACUUGGCCCGGCUGUCGAUACUGAGGUCGCGUCUCCACUUGAUAGAGAGAACCUGUCGCCAACGACUAGAGAGGGCCCUUCUGCGCCAGAGCUUCAGCGUAAAGCUUCCGACUCCCUAAGGCAGCGGACGCCCAAUCAGUCCAUAGACACAUCGCGAUCUGGCAGUCUAGCCUCACGAAACACAUCGAGAACCCAAUCGCACAGGCAGCAACCGUCCCACGACACGAUAGCUAGCAUCGAACAGGAAACGCCUAGACGAUCGAUCGAGACCCCGCAACAGCGCGCCCUGAGUCGCGAGGCUGAUAAUCGACCCAUUGACAGCGGUCUAGGGGCAUCGCCUGCAAUCGUUCAUGCGAAUGACGAGGUGGUUCGAGAGCUCGACGUUGCAAAGAAUCGUAAUGCAUGGUACGCUUCGGAGCUGGCUUUAGCACGCAAAGCUGGUUACCAUCCUGCUACCUCGACGAGCCCCAUGUUCGACGAGCGAUCAGCCGAUACUUUCCAGGACGAGGAUCGACCGCUACUUGAGGCUCUCCUCCGAAUGAAAGCCGAAGUUGAUCGCGUGCACACUUCGAUCAAGACACAAGGAUCCGAUGCUGCGAAGCGAAUCGCAGAAGUUGAACGGCAACGAGACGCUGCCAUCAGUGAAGCCAUCUACGCCAAGACGAAGCUGGCGGCUCAUGGCGGCGGUAGUCAGUCAGGUACUCCACAACUCGAUGGCUGCCGCAACACGGAGACGCCCGACCUCGAUCGCAUGAACGACAUCAGCCGACGCUUGGCUGCAUCGCUGGCUGCUCAAGCAGAACUGACCGCCUUGGUUGAAAAGCUAUCCCACGAGGUCGAGGCUGAGAAGAAGGCGAAGGAACUGGCUGAUGAGACUGCAGAAGCUGCGCAACGACGUGUGCAAGAACUAGACUCCACUCGACAGAAGGCGGCCGCUGAAUCCGAGAGUCUACGAGCUGAGCUGCACGAAGCUGAACGCGUAGCAAGGGAAGUCUCUGCCAGCGCUGCGGAAGCCGAAACAUCUUCCCGUCUGCUCGCUGUCGACAAGCAAGAAUUGAGCGACAAGGUUGCACGUUUUUCCUCGGAAUCGACCAACUACGCUGCUGCACUUGAGACGCUACGCGAAGCAGUCGCUGCAUCUUCGGAAAAGUCCAGUCUGCUAGAGAGGAAGCUUGAAGAGGAACGCAGCCAAAGUGAUAGCAUACGCCAAAAGCUUAGUCAACUUCGUGCCGAGCAUGAGGCUCGUACAACGGAGCUCGAGUCCACUUCUCAGAAAUUGCGCGACGUUGAAGAGCUGGCUGAGAAGCAUGCGACAGAAGCGCGCCUCCAUCAGGCAGCCGUGCUGUCCGGUCUGGGAAGCAUUGCCAACCACGCUCCCGUCAACGACAAUGUCGCAAACGAACGCGUCAGCAUACUCCAGCAACAAGUCGAAGCGGCAAAUGCCAUGGCGCGCAAGAACCAGGCGGCUGCAGACCAAGCUUCCGAGAAGCUGCGCCGCGCCGAAGAGAGGAUUGCUGGCCUCGAGGCCUACCAAGAGCAGUCCAGUCGCGAAGGUCUCACCAUCCGCAAACAGUUGCAGCAGGCCAUGAGGGAUGUGCAAGCCUCCGAGGCGGAGAAGGCCGGACUUCACCAGCAGCAUGAGCGCCUACGUUUGGAGAGCAACGCGUUCGAAGUUCAACUCAAGACUCUCAAGAAUCUUCUUGAAGAAAGAGGGGUCAACGCCGUCGACCACCGCCGAUCGAGGGUAUUGGACAGCCCCAAUUCAAGGUUUGGCACUCCGGAGCUCAAUCGCGUCAAGGAGCUUGAGCAACAGAUCGACUCGAUGAACAAGGUGCACGAAGAGUUGCGUGCUUCAUUCGAGCAACGCGAGCACGAGGUCAGCAAGGACUGGGAAGAGAAACUGCAGGCUCUGCACAAUGACCACCAGGCGGCUGUCAAGUACCUCAGAGGCACAGAGAAGAUGCUUGCUAAGAUGAAGCAAGAGUUGGACAGGUACAAGAACACAAACACGAAGCUGGAAGAGGAGCUCAAGCAAGCGACCCAGACCUCGCGAAGCCCAACAAAGGAACAGAGUGCAGAGUGGGAAGCAGAGCGGACGGCACUGCGCACGGAGCUUGCGAGCACUCAAGACCACUUGAAGACGACUGUCAGCCGUCUAGAAAACCAAAUAUCCACACUACACGCCGAGCUGGCCGCAGCACGACAGGAGGUUGAGGUGGCAGCAAACAAGACCAAGCAAGCCGAGUCUUCCGUCCACCAAACUCGCGCUGAUCUCGAUUCCCUUCGACAGCAGUACGCAGUCGUUGAAGAGCGUGCACGCGAGGCAGAGAACCGAGUGCAAAUGUUCCUCGACCAGUUCGAGACAUCGGUAGACAGCUACCGCCGACAGUCGCAGGUGCCAGGCGGUAGUAGCAACGGCGAGAUCACACGCCACCGCACGCAUGACAGUGUCGCCUCGGCCGAUUCUCUCUACAGCCACAACGACGGCUCAAGCACCCCAGAAGCACCCAACAACCGUCCCGCAUCUACCGCCACGCGGAAUUCCAUGGCGCUGGACAACCUUGCUUCGGAGCUCGACGCUCUCAGGAGUCACUGGGAGACUACGAACAAAGCGUAUCGCCUGAGCGAUCGUUUCGACUUCGAACGCACACCCACAAACGACACACAGGACGCCAACGAGGGUAUUUCGCAGUGGAGAGACUCGGUCGACUCCGAGAUAUCCAUCCAGGAGAUUGCGCCCAAGCCGAAGCCAGCACAAGCCCAGGCCUCGACUGCCCCAGCAACAAACGGGCCGUCAGCUGGCAUGCUUUGA